AAGAUUUAUCAAUCAAACAACUUAAAUACAAAGAAUUUUAUUUUUUAAUUAGAAACAAAGAAAGCAAUUCAGCUCUUGUUUUAUUUAGAUAAAUUGGUUUUUUUGUUCUUAAUAAUAAAUAACAUGGAAAACGAAGAAGAUACAACCAACACACUAUUGGAGGCGAUAAGAAAUGAAUUGAUUUCUAUUAUUGAUGAAGGAUCUGAAAAUAAUAGCCCUGAUUCUAAAAUUGAACCCAAUAAUGAGGAACUUAUAGACAUAAAAUCUCCUAAUACAAGUGAAAUUUGUACGCCUAGUACAACUAGCUGUCGUAACAACAGUUCAGCAACUAAAGCAAUUACCUCAACGAGAAGUGCUAUAUUGGAUAACACAAAUAUCGGCAGCAUUAAUGGUGACAUACAGAAAAUGCAAUAUGAUUUGGAUGAAUGCUGCAAACUAUUUCAAAAUAUAGGUGGACGUUUUGAAAGCAUUAACUUUGGUUGUCUAAAAAAUCGCAUCAAAGAUUUACAUUUAAAUGAACGUAGCUCUGAUUCGUUAAAGACUAUUGUCGAUGAUUUAAAACAUUCUUUUGAUGAAAAAUACAUGGAGAAUCGUCUUAAUGAAUUGACCAAAGAAGUUACAACCAAAUUUCGUAAUCAUCCUGGUGAGUUUGGUGAUAUUCCAGAAAUAAGUGAGUUUUUUCGUACGUGCACUAAGUUGGAGCAGGGUUUGGAGAAGUUACGACGGCAACGGGAUGACUGCAUGUUUUUACAAAAACGUAUGGCAAGAGUAGCAGAAGCUUCUUACGAGCGCGUGAAUGAUAUUCAACAACAAAUAAUUCAAGAAGGAGAAAGUAAUAUAAUAGAUGAAAAUAUUUGAAAUACCCCUAUGUAUCUAUGAGUCAAGUCAUUCUUUUAGGCUUUGCAAACAUUGUGAAUAAUUUAUCUGACAACUCCGUAAAAUAUAUAUGUAUAU